UAAAAACUAAGCGAAUCACCAGAGAUCUUUGGGUCAAGACGUAAAUCACGUGACACGCCCAAUCGAGACUUGAAUGCGACCAUUUUUUCUCCGCGACGUCAGCAGUCAUCACUACUACAGCAGUGAAGAGGACCUGCACCUACACGGCUCUGUUGCUGGCUUUUCGAGGCAUGAAACAACACUAAGAGGAUGUCCCACUGAACUGAGAUGAGUGACAAUCAUGAUGAUGAAGAGGCGUCAGGAAACAAGAAAACACCCAGAGAAUCUACAGGAAUUUGAAAAUUACAAAAAGGAAAGUGCAAGUGGCCAGCAGAAGAAAGCCAAAACAUCAUUAAGGCAGACUCGUUUGUUUGACCAUGCUAGCCCAACAAUAUCACAAAGUAAAGUCGACUCCCUUGUGAAAUCCUUUGUUGUCAAAGGAAUGCACUCAUUAGCCACCGUUGAACAAACAGAAUUCAUCGAGCUUGUGCAGGGACUUCACCCAGGUGCCAAUGUAAUGUCCAGACGGACACUCGGACGACGGAUUGAUGAAGAAUUUGCAACAAAAAAAGCAUUCCUAAAAGAGACGCUUAAAAAUGUUCGCCGUGUUUGUACAACAGUGGAUAUUUGGUCAACAAAGAAAACCAGUUAUUUGGGAGCAACAGUACAUUGGAUCAAUGGAGACACGCUGGAAAGGCAGUCAGCCGCUCUUGCCGUUAGGCAUUUUCCCAGCCCCCAUACUUAUAACCGAAUAGCAGAACUGUUGGAUGAGAUUCACACAGAAUAUGGGCUGUCUUCAGACACCAUUGUGUCUACAGUUACUGAUAAUGCAUCCAACUUUGCAAAGGCCUUUAAAGAGUUCAGUGUCACUGGAAAAACAAAUGACCCAGAUGAAGUUGAAGAGCUGGACGAUGAGCUGUCCUUCCUGGUCAUAGAUCCUGAGAGAGAAGAAGCAUCUGAGUGUUCCAUCAUUUUACCACCACACCUCCGGUGUGCGACACAUACUCUGAGUUUAAUCUCAACUACUGAUGUCAAGAAAUCGAUCACUAGCAAUGCAACUCUCAGCAGGCUGAAUCAUUCAACGAUGGCGAAGUGCUCAGCAUUAUGGACAGCAUCUGGCAGACCAAAGAGUGCUGAAACGCUAGGCAAAGUAAUCGAGCAGCAACUCAAGACACCCUGCAUUACAAGGUGGAAUUCUCUGCAUGACUCCUUGAGUCAGUUGUCAUUCUUGCGUGACAAGCUCCCUGAUGCCAUGACUGCCCUGCAACUUCCACCAUUCAGGGAAGUCGAACUGGACUACAUUGAGGAAUUUUGCAGAGUGUUACGACCGAUUGCCAUCUCAAUAGAUCGGCUUCAAGGGCAAUCUGCAUGCUAUUAUGGUGAGCUGUUGCCAACACUUUUCACCAUUCAAGCCAAGCUGGAGGAUCUGCAAGCAUCAAACUUGAGGUACUGCUCACACGUUCUUCAAGCAACCAUAGCAGGGUUCAAAAAACGCUUCCACAAUUUUCUGAUGCUGGAGCAUGACGUGAAUGAGGCCAUCCUGGCAACCACAACACACCCAUACUUUAAGAUGAGGUGGUUACCCCAGAGGUUGGCUUCUGAGAAGAGGCGAAUACAGCAACUGAUGCUGCACUCAGCAGACGAACUCGGACUUCUCUCAGAGAGUGACGGGACCACACCGAGCACAGAGGAGAAUGACGAAUUCUUUGUGUUCACUGAUCAAGGAACAGUCAACCAGCUGGAGGCCGAGGCCUUGCCCAGCCACAGCAAGGCGGAACUGGAGACCCUUCAUUUUUUGGAGGAUCCCAGAAAAGACCUGGCUUCACUAAAUGCAUACCCUUUGAUGAAACAGCUUUUUGUGAGAUUUAACACAACCCUACCAUCCUCAGCCCCGGUUGAGCGCCUGUUUUCUUUUGCUGGCUUAGUGAACCGGCCUCACAGAAGGUCAUUAACACCAGAUAUGCUGGAGAAGUUGGUUGUCCUGAAGAACAACUGAUCUGUUUUUCUGUUUAAUAUGGAUAAAAUAAAAUGGAUUUGAAUGUAGCGUUA